CGGCAGUGCGCGUGCGCGCGGCCGCUCUAGCCCGCCGGCCCGGCUCUGUGGCUGUCACUGAGCAGCCCGGCGCCGUGUUGUCAUCGGCGGGCGACGGCCGGAGGCGGCGGCGGCGGCGCAGGCCCCGGCGGGGCGUUUGGUUUCGGUUUGGCCCGGGCGGCCCGCGGUGCGGACGGUCGCGAUGGGAGUCCCCAAGUUUUACCGGUGGAUCUCGGAGCGGUACCCCUGCCUCAGCGAAGUCGUGAAGGAGCAUCAGAUUCCUGAGUUUGACAAUCUGUACCUGGACAUGAAUGGCAUCAUCCACCAGUGCUCCCAUCCCAACGACGAUGAUGUCCACUUCAGGAUUUCCGAUGAUAAAAUCUUCGCGGACAUUUUUCACUACCUGGAGGUGCUGUUCCGCAUCAUCAAGCCAAGGAAAGUAUUCUUUAUGGCCGUUGACGGCGUCGCUCCUCGAGCAAAAAUGAACCAGCAGCGUGGGAGGCGUUUUAGGUCGGCGAAAGAGGCCGAGGACAAAAUCAAGAAGGCAGUGGAGAAAGGAGAGACCCUUCCCACCGAGGCCAGGUUCGACUCCAACUGCAUCACACCAGGAACUGAAAAUCUAAAAAUUUCUACAGACAAGUCGUGGCAAGGAGUUACCAUCUACUUCUCGGGCCAUGAGACUCCUGGAGAAGGCGAACAUAAAAUCAUGGAAUUUAUCAGAUCCCAGAAAGCAAAGCCAGAUCAUGACCCCAACACCAGGCACUGCCUGUAUGGUUUAGAUGCUGACCUGAUCAUGCUUGGAUUAACAAGCCAUGAAGCACAUUUCUCUCUCUUACGAGAAGAGGUUCGGUUUGGCGGCAAAAAGACGCAAAGAAUAUGUGCGCCAGAAGAAACCACAUUUCAUCUCCUACACUUAUCUUUAAUGAGAGAAUAUAUUGACUAUGAGUUUUCAUCGUUGAAAGACAAGAUUACAUUUAAGUACGACAUUGAAAGGAUAAUAGAUGAUUGGAUUUUGAUGGGAUUUCUUGUUGGCAAUGAUUUUAUCCCCCAUCUACCUCAUUUACAUAUUAAUCAUGAUGCACUGCCUCUACUUUAUGGAACGUAUAUCAGCGUCCUACCAGAACUCGGGGGCUACAUUAAUGAAAGCGGGCACCUCAACUUACCUCGUUUUGAGAAGUACCUUGUGAAACUAUCAGAUUUCGACCGGGAGCACUUCAGCGAAGUGUUUGUGGACCUCAAGUGGUUUGAGAGCAAAGUUGGUAACAAGUACCUCAACGAAGCUGCAGGCGCCGCCGCGGAGGAAGCCUUGAACUACAAGGAGAAGAAGAAAUCAAAGGACCGGGAAAACUUGUGUUGGGCUGCUUUAGACAAAAAUGAAGAAAUGGCAGCAUCGAAGGAUAAUCUCGAGGAUGAGCCUGAAGAUGACGACCUGUUUGAGACUGAGUUCAGGCAGUACAAGAGGACGUACUACAUGGCCAAGAUGGGAGUGGACGUGGUGUCUGACGACUUCCUGGCAGCUCAGGCCGCGUGCUACGUGCAGGCCAUCCAGUGGGUCCUGCACUACUACUACCACGGGGUACAGUCCUGGAGCUGGUUCUACCCCUACCACUACGCCCCCUUCCUGUCCGACAUCCGCAACAUCAGCGCGCUGCAGAUCCAGUUUGAGCUCGGGAAGCCUUUCAAGCCCUUCGAGCAGCUGCUCGCCGUCCUGCCGGCAGCCAGCAAGAGUCUGCUGCCCGAGUGCUACCAGCACCUGAUGACCAGUGAAGACUCACCAAUCAUAGAGUAUUACCCUCCGGACUUCAAGACGGACCUGAACGGGAAGCAGCAGGAGUGGGAGGCCGUGGUCCUCAUCCCGUUCAUAGACGAGAAGCGACUGCUGGAAGCCAUGGAGACGUGCAAUCACUCCCUCAAGAAGGAGGAGAGGAAGAGGAACCAGCACAGCGAGUGCCUCAUGUGCUGGUACGACGGCGACGCGGACUUCCCCUACGCCUCGCCCUGGCCAGAGAAGUUCCCCACCAUAGAGCGCUGCCGCGCGAGAUACAAAAUAAUAUCCUUAGAUGCUUGGCGUGUAGACAUCAGCAAGAACAGAAUAACCAAAGUUGACCAGAAGGCCUUGUAUUUCUGUGGAUUCCCUACACUGAAACACAUCAAACACAAAUUUUUUUUGAAGAAAAGUGGCGUGCAAGUGUUCCAGCAAAGCAGUCGUGGUGAGAACAUGAUGUUGGAGAUUUUGGUGGAUCCAGACUCAGAGGACGUGAGCGUCGAGAAUGUGGCUUCAUCCAUCCUUGGAAAAUCCGUGUUUGUGAAUUGGCCUCACCUUGAAGAAGCUAGAGUGGUCGGCGUGUCAGACGGAGAAACCAAGUUUUACUUGGAAGAGCCUCCGGGGACACAGAAGCUGUAUUUGGGAAGAGCUGUGCCACCCUCUAAAGUGGUGCAUCUUGGGGACAAAGAACAAUCUAAUUGGUCAAAAGAAGUUCAAGGAAUUUCAGAACACUACCUCAGGAGAAAAGGAAUAAUAAUAAACGAGACGCCUGCUGUUGUCUAUGCUCAGUUGCUCGCGGGCCGGAAAUACCAAAUCAGUCCUAACGGUGACGUCCACCUGGAGAAACAGUGGUCGAAGCAAGUUCUUCCGUUUGUCUUCCAAACCAUUGUCAAGGACAUCUGCGCGUUCGACUCGCGCUUCUCAAACAUCAGGACACUGGGCGACCUGUUCCCCCCUGGGAGUGUGGUCUUCAUGCUCGGCGCCCCCUACUACGGCUGCACCGGGGAGGUCCAGGACUCGGGGGACGUGAUCCCCGAGGGUCGGAUCCGCGUGCUGUUCAGCAUCCCGUGCGAGCCCGCGCUGGACACGCUCGUCCAGAACCAGCACAAAUAUUCUAUAAAGUACAACCCAGGAUAUGUGUUGGCCAGUCGCCUUGGAGUGAGUGGAUACCUUGUUUCAAGGUUUACAGGAAGUAUUUUUAUUGGAAGAGGAUCUAGGAGAAACCCUCACGGAGACCAUAAGGCAAAUGUGGGUUUGAACCUCAAAUUCAACAAAAAAAAUGAGGAGGUCCCUGGCUACACGAAGCGAGUCGGGAGCGAGUGGAUGUACUCACCGGCCGCCGAGCAGCUGCUCUCGGACUACUUGGAGCGAGCCCCAGAGCUGUUCAGUUACAUAGCCAAAAAUAGCCAAGAGGAUGUGUUCUAUGAAGAUGACAUUUGGCCUGGAGAAAAUGAAAAUGGAGCUGAGAAAGUUCAGGAAAUUAUUACUUGGCUGAAAGGUCAUCCUGUCAGCACCUUGCCUCGUUCUUCUUGUGAUUUACAAAUUCUGGAUGCAGCAAUUGUUGAGAAAAUUGAAGAGGAAGUUGAAAAAUGCAAGCAAAGGAAGAGCAACAAGAAGGUGCGAGUGACGGUGAAGCCCCACCUGCUGUACCGCCCCCUGGAGCAGCAGCACGGCGUGGUGCCCGACCGAGACGCCGACUUCCGCCUCUUCGACCGGGUGGUGAACGUGAGAGAGAACUUCUCGGUGCCCGCCGGCCUCCGGGGCACCGUCAUUGGGAUCAAAGGGGCUAGCAGAGAAGCCGACGUGCUGUUUGAGGUGCUGUUUGAUGAAGAGUUCGCCGGAGGCCUGACUAUACGGUGCUCUCCAGGCCGCGGCUACCGGCUGCCCCCCAGUGCCUUGGUGAACCUGUCCCACGGGAGCCGCUCAGAGACGGGGGGCCAGAAGCUCACGGCCAUCGUCAAGCCGCAGCCCGCUGCCAGCCUCAGCCACUCCCCGCAGUCACCAUUCGUUCCCACUCAGGCCGCCACAGAGGACGAGGACGAGUUCUGCACCAUCUGGCAGUGCCUGCAGGGCGCCGGCCCCGCCCCGCCCUCGCUCCAGGACAAGGGCGCCGCGCCCCCUCCAGAGGACACUCGUGUGCCUCGCCCGGCUGACAGCGCCAGGGCCCAGCCAAGGAAGCAGGAGCCGCACCGGAAGUUUAAAGAAGAGUCCCGGAGUGCCAAGGCCGAGAGCCGGCCACACCGGGGGCCGGGCAAGCAGGCGCUCGGAGGGCCUGGGAAAUCUAACAUUAAGCUGCUGAAGAGAAAUGAAAAUGCAGAAGUCACAGAAAGCCAGAAGGCGGCAGGUUUUCCAAACACGAACAAGCCGAGCCCCGGAUUCGAGAACAUUCUAGCAUCCUUGAAUCUCCACAAAGACAGUGAAGGACAGGCUCCCCGGGAGGAGCCGCCGGCAGAGCUCCUGUCCCCGCAGUCCUUCGCCCUGAAGGGAACGCGGAUGCUUAAGGAAAUUCUGAAAAUAGACAGCUCUGACCUCGCGGACCAUAAGAACGAAACGAAGCAGUUUGGAAACGAAGCCGCCACCUCCACGAGCAGCAGAGGGGAGCGUGGACCCUCCUCCCAGGCCAAGCAAGGCAAAAAGCCGACCUCUCUCGCGGACAGCGGCCCCGGCGCUGAGUUCCGGCACGCGCCUGUGGAGAACGUGUGCUGGCCCGCGCCCAGCCAGCUCCCGCCCGUGCCCGCCUCCGUCGCCGAGCUCUGCCGGCUCUGCUCCCUCGUCGGCGUGCCACAGCCGGAAUUCUCCUUCCUGCGGACACCACAGACGAUGACGAUUUGCCAAGUGAAGCUGUCCAACGGCCUGUUGGUGCAGGGGCCCCAGUGUCCCUCCGAAAGUGAGGCCCAGGAGAGGGCCGCAUUCUCCGCCCUCCAGCAGCUGGGCACCUUCGGAAUGAACUUCCCCUUGCCCCCACCGAUGUUCCCUCCGCCCACGUACCCCGCUGCCGUGCCGCCCGGAGCCCUCCCUCCCAUCUACCCCCAGCCAGCCGGCUGGGAGCACUACGGAAGCGGCCUAGCCCUGGGGCCAGCCACCAUCAUGCCGCCGCCACCCGCCCACCUGCCCCGCAGCCUGCCCUGGGGCCCGCCGGCGCCCGGGAAGGCCUUCCACCACGCCGCCCUCGCCGGGCCACCCGCCGGGGUGCACCACCAGUUCAUACCCCUGCAGGUCACCAAAAAGCGGGUUGCAAGCAAAAAGCACUUUGAGAAUAAGGAGACCCAGAGUUCCCCAGCCACCACCCCUCAGACCAGCCAGCCUGCACCCCCGGCCGCGCCCGGCAAGCCAUCGCCCAAACUGCAGCCCACCCCCGCCGGCCCCUCGGACAGCCCCGCCCAGGGCCAGGGCGCCCCCCUCCGCAAAGCACCAGCCAGCUCGUCCAGGAGGAAGUCCAGAAAGCUGGCUGUCAACUUUGGCAUUUCCAAACCUUCCGAAUAAAUUUGGUACCUGGAAUGACAUCAUUUCUCUCCUCUUCCACCCUCCUGUUUAGAAUCCCAUCCCUGUCUCAUGAAAAUCAGAAUGUGCUGUUUUUACGCCUUUCAGUUGUGCAUAUUUUGUUUUCAGGCCCUGUUCAUGCUGUUUGAAAGGUCGCAUAGUGAGUCGCACUCUCAGAUACGUGCAGUUUGGCUUGCAUCAAUCAUACCUCAACAGAGCUGUAAAGGGUGGGGCGGGGAGGGCCAGCUCACCCCAUGCUGCAAACAAGGCUGGCCUAGUGUCCGUUGGCGUGGUGACCAGUGGCCCCGCCCUCUGCGUUAGGAGCCUGUGGCGGCGUUUCUCGUGCUGCCGUGGGGGGCUGGUGAAGCAGAGUGGGGACUCGUGCCCGCGUGUACGCCACUAGGCACGGGUGCUCCUUGGCGCGGCAGCGGCAGCGUUGUGUGGGAAUGUGUCGUUUCCGCGUGUUCAGCUGCUGUGCACCCGUCUCGAGGGGCCUUGGACCUGCAAUCAGACGCUGGCGGUGCCGCCAUCUGGCUUCACUCUGAGUCUUGUCUCUGAGAGACUGUCUCUCCUCCGGCCGCUCAGAACCAAGGGGGCAGUCCGGGCUCGAGCAGCUUCUCGGCUCAUUCCGGAACCAGCAUCAGUCGUUUCUGAAACGCUGGCGCUUCCGGGCUCACAGGGUACGGCCACCGCUCUCACCGGUUGCCCUUCGGGUAAGGACCGAAUCUGAAUCAUGUUGUCCGGGACAGUGAGCUGUUCCUGCCGCGUGUCCCCGUGGGCUGCGCGGAGCCCAGUGCGCUCUGGGCCGUGGCUCGAGCGCGGCUGCUGGUGCGUGUCGUGGGGGUUGAAAUCACUUGAGAGUUGGUGGAAAUUCCUCAGAGGUACCAGGGCUGGGUUUUUGUACUUAUUUAUUUACUUCCCGGUGUGUGUGUGUGUGUGUGUGUGUGUGUGUGUGUGUGUGUGUGUGUGUGUGUGUGUGUGUGUGUGUGUGUGUGUGUGUGUGUGUGUGAUAGGCGAUAUUUUAGGGAAGUUCUCUUCCCACGGCGUAGGAUCCUUUCUCCGAAGCUGCUUGUUCUUGCGUUUAGCUCGCCGAAGGCCCGGCUGUGGUCGUGAGUCGUCGGUUCUCCACCGGCCUCCCGCAAGUCUCUGUCCCUGCGCUGGGCCACCUGUCGCUCGGCGGGGCCUUCCUCUCUGACACUGCUCCGGCACUUCCGCCAUUCUCUGCUCCCUCUCUGGGUGCAUGUCGGGGUUUGCAGAAUGUCUGGGGCGUCUGGCGCCGGGACGGUGCGAGCAAGUGUCCUGUGUCCUGGCCGGUGGCCACCCGCCCAGCAGGGGGUCGGGGCACCUCAUUCUGCUCUCCGGAGGCUAUUGCCUCAAGGGCCCCGUGCCACACCACGUGCAGGACCUGUGUCUGAGGAAGUGGGACUCUGGGACACUUGGAAACAACCGGGUCUGGGGGGGGGAGAAGCAGCAGCAGCCCUGCGGGGUCCCCCAGCUCUUCAGCUCCCUGAAACAGUGUUUCCGAGUGGCUCGCUGAAACAGUGUUUCCGAGUCACUCGCUGAAACAGUGUUUCCGAGUCCCCUGCUUGGGCUCCUUUGCUUUUCCCUUUCGCUUUCUGACGCACUGAGUGAAUUUCAAAGAUCGAUAUCUCCAAGCUCAUCAUCCCACUUCAGUUUCUCCUGAAGGUUAUCAUUCGGCAUGUCAGCUAGACUCAUUGGCCUAAUAAACGUCCCAGAGGCUAGGCCAUGGUUCACUCUCGAGACCCAGUUUCACAGAAGCUGAGUCGCCCCGUCGGUGUGAUUUGGCGGCAGCUGGAGACUUCCCUGCCCUCUGCAGGGCCGGGAGGAGUAGCUGCCUGUCCCCGUGCGCAGGAGGGAUAGUCUGGAGGCGGCGUUUCUGUGCUGGGUUCCCUUUCCUCUGGUCGGGACUGGCGUGUCCCUCCGUCCAGGUGUCCGGGAGAGGCAGCCCGGAGGGAGGGCAAGGCAGGGCGAAGGCGGUUCAGAGGCGCAGAGCUCAGCAUUGGGUUUCCAGGCUAAGGAAACGGAUCUGCAGGGCCUGCUUCCUUCUGAACCCUCUGUCCUGUGAGUCCUACACGGUCAUGUGAUUGUCUGCGUUUGCCUGGUGUGGCAGGAAGUGCCCAGAUGGCCUUUGGAGGUCCAGCUUGCCGUAGCCGCAUUGUCCAGACCCCUUGGACCGGCUGUGGGAACUCUCGGGCUGUUCGGCUUGUUGGUGCCCCCCAGCCUCCAGCUUAUGUUUCCGCUGUGCAGAACAGUAGUUGAUCGGGAAAGUGGCAGUGACGUCACUGUGUGGAACAGUAGUUGAUCGGGAGAAGGGCAGUGACGUCACUGUGUGGAACAGUAGUUGAUCGGGAAAGUGGCAGUGACGUCACUGUGUGCCAUCCCAGAGCCUGCCCGCGAGGAGCCCUCAGGCCGCAGUACCCUUGGGUCUGUUCUGUCUGUUGGUGAAACCGAUUUCUCCCGGGAACUUUCUCCCGUCCUGGUCAGGAGGCUUCCCGGAGCACGUGCCCCCGGCUGCCCCGGGGUGUGGCGCAGGGCCAGGCCGCUCAGAGUUCAGACUCGGACAGCAGGAGCCUCCUCGGGAAGGGAAGAGCAGGGUGCAGCAGGGCUUGCAGCCAAGACUGUCAGCACUCUCCUGCUUGUGUGUGUGUGUGUGUGUGUGUGUGUGUGUGUGUAUGUUUGUGUUUGCUCUAUGCACAUGCAUGUUUGCUGUUUGUGCACGUGUUUGUUGUGUGCACGUUUGAUGUGUGUGUUUGCUGUGUAUGCAUGUGUUUGCUGUGCACAUGUGAUUGAUGUGUAUAUGUGUUUGCUGUGUACAUAUGUGUUUGCUAUGUAUAUGUGUUUGCUGUGCGUGUGUUUGAUAUGUGUUUGCAGUGUGUGUGUUGUGUGUGUCUGCUGUUGUGUGUGUUUUUGCUGUGUGUGCAUGUGUUUGCUGUGUAUGUGUUUGCUGUGGGUGUGCGUGUGUUUGCUGUAUGUGUGUGUUUGCUGUGUGUGUGUUUGCUGUGUGUGUGCAUGUGUUUGCCAUGUUUGCUGUGCGUGUUUGCUAUGUGUGUGCGUGUGCAGACAGCGCCUUGCUCAGUCAGUUCAUCGGGCCAUCUCUCGUGCAGUUGUUGACUGGGACUCGUUUCCAAGGUUUUACAUUGUUAAACCUCGAAAAAUGAUCCUUUUCUUCCCAAUAGUACAUCUGUUACUGUACUAUUUCAGCAGUUGCUUUAUUAUUGACUAAACCGACCCAAGUAAUUUAGUUUCGGGUGUUUCUGUAAUUGGAAGCCGGAUUCUCCUCCCCGCUCCUGAAACAGCAGGGAUGAGAAUUCCAAGGUAGCCCAUCCUCUUCCCGUCCAGCCAGGGGCUGUCAGCUGGUCUCUUGUCCCCCCCACCCCACCCCCCGCAUCUGCCUUUGCCUGCGAGCAGUUGCUUCUGAGUGUUUUCACCUGUCUUGAUUUGAGGUACCAUCAAAGUAUUCAGCAUUUUGCUUGUUUAAAUAAUAUAAGUGUAUUUCAUACCUACACAUUUUCAUUUUUUUCUCACAUAACUAUUUUAUAAGUAACUGGAAUUUUUCAUUAGGUCUUAUACAGAGCAGUAUUUUAUUAAAUAUUCAAAAGGGAAAACUUUUAUGUGCUCGUUUUGUAGUUUUUGGUUUUUAAAUAUCUUUACAUUGUCUGCAAUUAAAGUUUUAAACUUGCAUUGGAAUGGACUCCAAAUGUAUUUUUGUGUUGUACAUUUGUAGAUUUUUAGCAUGUAGUUAACUGCAAAAUGUUGUGCAAAAGGAUUUUAAAGUAUAAGUCAGUGGAAGUUUAAAUGUCCCUGUGAAAUGCUAUGUGAAUUUUAAUUAAACACUUGAGAAUGAUUUCUUAA